AGUCGACAUGGAUAGUGUUCAAGGUCAGUAUAUGCGUAUCAAUCAGAUGUUAAUGUGCUUCAUCGGUCAGUGGCCGUAUCAGGAGAUUUGGGAAAAAUUUCUGAUCCAAAGCAUUUUCGUACCUGCAGUUUUCUCUCAGGCUGUUGUUCAGGGCGGUGGCAUGAUCGCCGCGUGGUUCGCAGGUGAUAUCGAUGCGUUUAUGGAAGGUUCGUCGCCUUUCGUAAUUAGUUUAAUGUGCAUCUGUAAACACAUUAACUAUGUAUACAAUCAUGAACAGAUGAAAAGACUCGUGAUUAUAAUGGCGGAGGAUUGGAAUAUUUACUCAAAAUAUAGCUACGAAUACGAUAUCCUGUGUAAAAAUUACGCGAUGGGCAGAAAAGUCACGAUUGCUUACGCAGUCUCCCUGUACGGAUCGAUGACUCCCUUUCUGGUUGUGCCGGUGAUAAUAAACACUGCCAGUUAUAUGGGUCUGUACAACAUUUCCGAUAAGCCCCUGAUGUUUCGUACGGAAUACUUUAUAGAUUCGCAGAAGUAUUACUAUCCGUUACUGGUGCACUCGUACAUCGGCACCCUCGGAUUCGUCACAAUCGUCGUAGCGAUCGAUUCGAUGUUGGUGUUUCACGUACAGCACGAGUGCGGGAUGUGCGAGAUCUUAGGAUAUCGACUAACACGGAUUGUUGAUACAGCCUCCUUAAGCAUAGAUUUGCAUCCGAGCAAAGAGGCUGCAUCGUAUAGAAAUGUGAGAAAUUGUGUAAUCCUGCACAACCACAUAAUACAGUACGCUAAGCAUGUCGAAAAAGCGAAUACGACAUCGUAUUUUUUUCAAUUAGGUUUUAACAUGAUGGGCAUGACUUUCACAAUAUUCCAGGCAGUGGUAAAGUUAACCGAUAUAAAGGAGGCUUUGCGAUUCAUGUCAUUCACGGUGUGCUUGUUUUCCGUUCUUUUUCUCGAAAGCUGGCCGGGUCAACAACUAUCAGACUAUACUGAUAAAAUUUUUACGUACACGACCGACGGAAAAUGGUAUCAAUCUUCACAAAGAGUGAAGAAGAUGAUUGCUAUUAUGUUAUUGAAGAGUUGCAUGCCGAUUAGGAUAACUGCGGGCAAAUUGUACACUCUGAACUUGGAGAACUUCGCUGCAGUCGUACGAUCGUCGUUCUCUUACUUUACCGUCCUCUGUUCUAUGCAGUGAGCAUUGCAGCUAGAAAACUUUAUCUAUUACUAUUAUCAAUGAUGACAGUUGCAAGCAACGUCCGUUUGCUCGGCAAUUACGUGAGUUACAGCUGUAUAAUUAAUAAAUCAGAACUCGGAGAGGGAUUACUUGUGACAAAGAUGCACGACAGUCGAAGUAUCUAACUUAAACAAUUAGAUAAUCUAAGUAUUGUUGACCAGAUUAGUACUAAUAUCUAGGAAAGAAAAGGCGAAUAUAAUUUAGCUACGUAAAAUAUUUGUAUGGA